GAGAUCGCGGGCAGAGGGGAGGUAGCUUACAGCCGAACGGAACGAAACGAUACGAACCAACGACAAAGUACAACUAAAAACAGUUGAACAGUCAGCCGCGGCGUGGUAACGUGCGUCGCUCGUUGGAAUGUGCGUUUGUCAGAAAUACAUUCACGGUUCAUAGAUAAAAUAGGAAAUUACGUACAAACCAAUAAUUAUCAUACGCAAAAAAGAGAGUGGUAUUCUUCUGCCGAAGUGUAAGUGACACAAGUGUGACGAUACAAAAGGUGUAUGUAAGUGUGUGUGUCGUGGCGUGGAUCGUCGCGCAAUUAUUAACGAUGAUUCACUUGCGCGCGGGUGAAAUGCAGCCUAUCGGACUUGUUGACAUAUGUUCAGAAGGAGUAAACAAAUGAUAUCAAGAAUACUCCCAAUAUAAUGGUGGAUUGAUUUAUUGUCCCGCGGCUGGUAAGGUAUAAUAGUCGCGUAAAAGAUGCCGCUGACACAGGAAAAACGUUUGGAUAAUGACUUUUCCAAUAACAAUGAUCACAGUUAUCUUCAUAAAAAGUUUAAAAAAAUGGCAUCAACAUUGUCGAUGAUACCAUCUAAUUCAAUCAAAGGCGAAGAUAAUGGGCAAAAAGAAACGAAACAUGUACAUGCCACUUGCAGUUCUACUAUAACAAAUGGAAGUAUUGCAGCAGCUCACCCAGAAAUAGAAAAAAUCAAAGAUAAAUACGAUAAACAAGGCUUGGAAGCGGAAAAAAAUGUACAAACUAAUUAUAACGAUGAAAAUUUUAGGUUAAGUGAUGUAAAUAGUUUUGUUCAAAUAUCUGGUAAGACCAGUUUUUCUGAAGAAUUUUUAAAUAAGACUGAAAAUCUUGAAAAUGAUUUUAUUAAAGAAACUUACAGUGGAGGUUCUGGGCGAUAUGUAUGCCCUUACUGUAAAUUAUCAUGUGCCAAGCCUUCAGUUCUACAAAAACAUAUCAGAGCUCAUACUAAUGAGAGACCGUAUCCCUGUAUACCUUGUGGAUUUGCUUUUAAGACAAAGUCAAAUUUGUACAAACACCGAAGAUCAAGAACACAUGCUUUAAGAUUACAAGGAGCAGACGUUUCUGCUACUAUUAACGAAGAAGACUUAUCUGGUGGUUCAGAGAGUGAUACGUCAAUGCCACCUACUUCAAUAUCAGACACUGGUUCUGAUACUCCUAUAAUACGCUUAGAAAAUAAUAGACCGAAUGAGUUCUCUUCCCCUGAAUUAACAUAUGAUUCGAUGAACACAGUUUCGUCUUUAAAUGAUAGUAAAAAAUCAAAAACAAUUUAUAAACCCAAGUUCAGAGCAGCUUUUUAUCAGAGUAAUGAUGAAAGAGAUAAGAUAAAAAAGACUAUUUCACAAAAUGCUGAUUUUCUUACGGAACAUAUCUCUAAAAUAAUAUCAGAUAAUGAAGCCAUAGUUGAUGUUAUUGAAACCCCUUUACAAAAAAAGUAUGGUAAAAUUAAGCAAAUUGCAGAAAGCAAACAAUUUAUAAAUGAUUUAGAGGUAAAAUCUGAAGCGACACCUUUGAAUUUAACGAAAAAUAUUUAUGAAUCAGACAACUUGGUAAGAAAAAGAUCACAUUCAGAAAGUUUUGCUCAGAUGGUCGAAGAACAAAAACAUCCUUUAAACCCUGAGGGCUCUAUAAUAAAGGAUCUUCUACUUAAAACUAAAGCAAAUGGACUUAACGCUCCAAGCGAUUUAAAUGAUGCUCUAGGACCUCUAUACGUUUGUCCUUUAUGUCAAAUCGUAUAUAGAAGUGCUGAUAAUUUAGAUAUUCAUAGGUUGUAUUAUUGUAAAGGUAACGUGACUAAUAAUUCCACCUUAAUCAGUAAUACUCAAAAAGAUAUAAAAUGUGUGAGACCCGAAAAUAUUUUUGUUAGAAGUAAUUCCAUCAAUGUUCGAUUGCCCGAAAAUUCAAUGACUUCCAGAAUAGCUAUAUCUACAAAGUCACCUCCAUUAAAAAGUAAACCAGAUAAUCUUAUAAUUCUAAAGCCAGAGUGCAACGACAUUGUCGCUCCUUUACCAUCUCCAGGACCACUACUUGGUAACACGAGACUUGUGGAUACCCGAAUUCCAUCAGAGUUCAACAGAAAGACUGAAAGUUUAAGAAUAAAAUCCAAAGAACCUAGCCCAAAACGACGGCUUGAUAGCAGAACGGAUACAUAUAGUCCAAGACCGCUUGAUAGCAUGUCACCACGCUCUGGUGACCUAUAUACUCAAUCAAAAAUAAGAUGCUUGGAAAUUAAUACAUCUUCCUUAAGAUCGAUGGAAGAAAUUUCCCCGCAUAUACGAAAUAACUCUACAUCACUGCAAAUGUUUGGAGGUGAAGUAAAAAUUCUCGAUCACUCUGGCAGCACGACCACUUUACGCAUUGAACCGAGUAAAACACAAUUAUCUCCAAUUUUAAUUCAUCAAAAUAUUUCACCUUCAAAAUAUGGUAACGAUUCCGAAGCAAGCAGCGUUGUAGUAAGAUCGGGUCUUCAUUCUGGUGGUACGAUAGUACAUAAUCCUCCAACACCAAAAGAAGCAAUAAGCACACCUCAAAGCCAAACUCCUAGAAUUUCUACGCCCAAUACUCAAAAUGGCAACUUGAUCAAUAUUCAUGAUAUAAGCCAUUUUCAAUUUCCACCACUUAGUGCCAUUACGGCAUAUAAUCCGUUAACUUUACCUCCUUUGAGUCCGUCAUCAUCACCAAAUGGAGCAACGACUAUAUUACACGGUGGGAAAUUGAUACCGCAUGUACCAGGAAUACCUGGACCCACUACACCAGGUUUAUUUGUCGGAAAUUCAAACUCACAAUUAAAAAACAACGAAAAUUCGAAAAAUAUCUUAAAAGGCACAUCAGAAAAUUCUCAAGAUAUUUUGCCUUUCAACAUGUCAAGCGGAAAAGGAAUUACGAUAUUAAAUUACGAUAAGGUACUCAGAAGUCCGAAUUUUAGAACUUCUCAAGCAGAAACAGAAAAAUUUAACCAGAAUAAAGAUAACUUUAACACAGAACUACAAAAUAUACCAAUAAUAAAAAUUAAACACGCUGAGGAACCUAUUAUCACAAAAUCUUUUUCAUUCAAUAAUAAUAUUAGAGCCACUGCCAUACGUACCGAUGUAGCUAUAAAAAGACACGCAGAUGGUCUUCCGAAAAUUGCCGUUUUGAGAGAAAAUGAAAAUUAUUUAUUUAAUAAAUGUAAAACCACACCCAAGAAUGUCGAUAUUAAAUUAGAGAAUGAAAUAAAAAGCUAUAAUUUCGAGAAUUUAAUAACCAAGGCAGAAAUUUAUAAUAAUCAAAUCCAAAGCUCAUCAGAAGUGCAAAAAAAUUGCAAUGCUCAAGAAACCUCAUUAAUUUCUAAUCAAAAUGAAAGAUCAGAAACAUCUUAUUUUCAAAAAAAUGUUGCAGUUAAGACUAUUUCAGAAGAAAGAAAGCCCAAGUUUUUAAGACCGUCCACUCUGCCGUUAAAACCGGGAACAUUUACCCCGAAGAGGCAUCACGGAAUAACUCCAAAUGCCAACACGAUGCCAUUAGUAUCUCCGGAAACACCUCGUCCAGCUAAAGCUUAUGGGCAACUCUAUUUAAACGGCAAUGCAUAUACAUACUUAGGUCUCAAGUGCUCCACAAAAGUCUUUUACUGUACUAUCAAUCGCCCACAGCCGACAUAUGUACCAAAUCAACAUUUUCUGUCCAUGUAUAGUAAUUGGCAGUUAUUAUCUGAGCUGACGCCAGACCCGCUGGGACUGUCAGCAUCGUCUGCUAUGUCUUUAUAUGACUCACGUCAUCGACCGCAAAACGUGGCCGUCGCUGUGAUUAAACAGGAUCUCAUAUUGACUCAUUCAUCGCAAUGGAAUAAGAAUUCGAAGGACAGCAAACAGACCAUACAUCUUUUAGACACGAAAAAAUCAGAAGAACUCAAAAAUUUAUCAGAUAAUACAUCGACACCUAAAAAGGAACUUGCUGGAGGGUUUGAGAGUAACGAAGAAUACACAUACGUACGCGGCCGUGGUCGGGGACGAUACGUUUGUUCAGAAUGUGGAAUUCGAUGCAAGAAACCCUCUAUGUUAAAGAAACAUAUACGAACACAUACUGAUGUACGGCCCUACACAUGCAUACAUUGCGUAUUCAGUUUUAAAACCAAAGGAAAUUUGACAAAGCAUAUGAAAAGUAAAGCACAUUAUAAAAAAUGUUGCGAAUUAGGCAUAAAUCCAAACGAAGGAACUGACAUUGAAGGUGUUGAAAUGUCUCAAGGUUCAGGCGAAACUGAUGAUGACACCGAUUCGGAAGGCGACGAGGGUAACGAAGGCGAAACGGAAUCGAGUGAUACAGAAAUUUACAAGUCUCGUUUACCAGAACAUGAGGCCGCCCAUUGUCUUUUGUCCUUGGGUAGUAGUAGACCAGCUACAUCAGCUACUCCUGGUCUAAUAACUAGUGCUAGACCUUCGACAUAUCCUUAUACGCCCAUCCUAAUGGAUAAUUCUUUAAUUGAAAGCUCUGCGGAAAAAGUACAAGUUGUUGGUACACCUACUUUUGAUUCAAGAAUAGAUACGGACAAUGAGCCAAUGGAUCUGAGUAAGAGCGAAUUAAAAACUCCUACAAAUAUGCCAGAGAUACCAACUGCAAGAGAAUCUAGUGUUUUAGCAUCAUUGGCUUCAAAUACAGCUAAACUGCCUCAACAUCAAAGUCAAUGGGCUAAUGGUGAGCCAAUGUUACACACAUAUUUAACAGAGCGAGCCUUGUUGGACACAAAAAUAAAACAAAGUCAGUUAACAUGCAAUCCUAAAAUCAAAAAAAUGGAGCUAGAAAAUUCCAUGUUUACCGAAAAUGACUCUGUGGAGAGUCAUAAAAAUGUUCAUUUAUUAAAUAACUCUCCAAAUGUUAAUUCCAAUUUGACAAAUGGAAAAGAAAUACCAAAUUCUAAUGCCAGUGAAAAUUCUCAAAACACUGUUCCUAUUAACAGUGAAAUAAGAGCGCGUACACCAAGUACCAAUUCUGAAAAUGCUAAACACGUAGUAUCAGAAUAUUUAAAACAUGCCCGAAUCAAUAUGAUGAAAACUCUUGAUGAUUCCAUUCAGAAUCAUCCAGAUUUAUCAAGUGAUGAAAGUAAUAGUGGAAAAAUAAGUAUAGAAGAAAAAUGUAAGGUGGACGACAUAAUAGAAGGUGAAGGAAUAAAAUUAGCACCUUCAGAAUAUGAUUCUGUGGCGUCUAAAGUAGUUAUUGGGGUCGGAGGAGUAGCUUUCAAAGUUACGAAAGGAAAAGACUUUGAAGGAACAUCUUCCUACUCACCGGGGAAACUGAUGGAGGAUGGUCGAAGAGUUUGCGACUUUUGCAAUAAAACUUUCACUAAACCAUCCCAGUUACGACUGCACCUCAAUAUACAUUACAUGGAAAGACCAUUUAGGUGUAGUGUAUGUGCUGUUAGUUUUCGAACAAGGGGACAUCUCCAAAAGCAUGAGCGAUCAGGUUCUCAUCACAAUAAAGUUUCAAUGACGUCGACAUUCGGCGCAGCGACAUCUUUUAACCCACGACCGUUUCGUUGUUCCGAUUGCAAUAUAGCUUUUCGAAUACAUGGACAUUUAGCAAAGCAUCUUAGAAGCAAGAUGCAUGUAAUGAGGCUUGAGUGUUUAUUCAAAUUACCUUUCGGUACCUUUACCGAAAUCGAACGAGCUGGCCUAAGUUUGACAGAUAUUGAUACGACCGAUUGUGCAAGUUCACUGGCCAGCCUACAAUCGCUAGCGAGGAAGUUGCACGAAAAGGAUCCGUCGAAGCUAGAGUAUCGUGAGCCAAACGGUUCGAUCGUAGUCCCACCACUGACGGGCAGGGAGUCUUCCGAAGACGAAGACGCUGUGAUAUCGGAAAAGACGUGUGACAAUGUGCGAGAUAGUGAUAUAAAAACUAUUGAAAAUAGUGAUGGUCAGGACAUAGAAACACAAGUUAAUUAUAGUGCCACAGAUAAUUAGUGCCAAAAUUAAACUAAGUAGAAUAUUUUAUGUGCAAUUUUGUUUUUAUUUUUAAGUUAAGAUGUAAUUAUUCAUACUGGGGUUUAACUCAGAAGUGUGUGAAAACAAAAUGAUGCGCUUUAAUUAUAUACAUAUUUGUAUUUUAUGUUACAUAUAGUUUUGGAGAGUAUCAUGUAAAUAUCUCAAAUUGAAGUAAUUUUAAUAAUGUUAUAUUUGCUUCCAGUAUAAGGCUUACAUAUUGUUACUUAUAGCUCUAUUUAGGGUGACAUGAGGAUAUUUGUUAAAUAACUUUCUUGAAUUUGAGGCAAGAAACAGGUUAUGACUUUCAUUCAGGUUUUUCAAAACUUCUAGUAAUGUGGUCCAUUUAAGAUAAACUAUGCUUAAAAUAUCAAUGAAACAUAUUACAUUUUAAAAAGUGUAGUACUAUAGUUAUUACUCUUUUGUAUGUAUUUUUAUAAAAUAUAUACCUGUAUUUACACUGAACAACUACUUCCAAAAUCCAUUAAAGUAUCUUUUAAUGUAAUUGGCAUAUCAACUUCCACAAACGAAAUUUAGAUAAAGAUAUUUGAAGAGUCUUCCAUAUCGAAAAAAUAGUACUUGUGCUAGAUAUUUGUUUUAUACUAGUUACUCUUCAUAUGGGUGAAUAUUUGACUUAUGUAUUUUUAUUCAUAAAAAACUAGUUCCACAUCAGGAAUCAAGCCAUGUCUGGUCGCACAUUGUUGUUGUUGGCUUGAUAGCUAUUCAACAAACUGUUUAUACCGUAGGAAAGUUACAUAGAAUUUUAAUAGUCAACAGAUUUACAUAACCGUACUGGUGUUUAUAGAAAACUAAAAAUUUUAUUCUUGUUGCCAACUAAUGUUCCAUGUGUGACCUGACCAAUGUAAUACUAUAUAAUUAAUAAGGCCUAAAGUUCUUUUGUUGCAUCUUUAUUACAAAAGGAUGGAUUAGAUUGUAAUUAAAAUAUUAAUAACAGAGAUGAAAUAUUUUUGUAAUAGUAUUCGUUAAUUUAACCUAUACUGAUUAAAAAAAGACAAUCUGUGUCUAUUUUACAAUAUUAAUAUGUAUGUUUAUAUAAUAUUAAUUAUAAAUCUUCUAGUUUUUGGUUAUAAAGUCAGUCUUUUUACAAUAAUUUGUCAUUUUCACUCUUAAAAUAAUAUAUUCCUGCUUUUGGGUACAUAGUUAUUUUAUGAUUGUUUUAAUUUGAUUUGUAUACACAAAUUCAAACUUUUAUCUAUACAAUUUUAACUUAAGAGUAAAUUGGAAUUCCUAAUUCAGUUUAUAUGAUACACUCUAAUUGUAUACAACUGAU